AUGCGCAGCUUCCUGCUUCUUCUCGUCCUCGUAUUCGUGGCUAUUACGAGUAGCAAUGCUCUCUUGACAGCCUCACAUCGCCACCAGCCCAAGACGGCAAAGUUGAAACUGGACCAAGCUGUUCAGUGGAACAUCGAAGACAAACGCUUUCUUCGAGCUACGGAUGCAGCUGAUGAAGAACGCGGACUAGCGGGCAUUAAAACGAAAUUGAAGGCCUGGCUGGAAAAGUUUACCUCAUUGUUCAAGAAGUCGAAAUCAGCUAAGGCGGCGGCGACGACGACGACAACGAACUUAGAGGAGGUGGCUGAGAAGGUGGCGAUAAGGUAUCAGUCGGAGAUGUACAGAAGUGAAGUGACGUUGGCGCAAGAUUUGGUUAAGAAGGGCGUCGUGGACGAUGUUCUUUACCAGAACAAGAUCAGUCCAGAAGCGUACUUUGACGCGCUGAAGUUGGACCCAAAGCUCAAAUUCAUUUCCGAUUCGGCUAUUGCCAGGGGGAACAACCCCAACUUGGAGAAGUUUUUCACGUACUCUCUUUUCUGGACCAAGAAAAAUGAGGUCACAAAGGCAGAAAAUUUCAUCAAGAAGGGCGCCGUGAAUGAUGUUCUAUACCAGAAUAAAAUCAGUCCGGAAGCGUACUUUGACGCGCUAAAGCUGAACCCGAAGCUAAGAUUCUAUUCUGACUCAGCGGUUACGAGGGUGAACAACCCCAACUUGGAAAAGUUUUUAUCGUAUACUAGCUUCUACAACAAAAGCCAGGCCGGCAAGAGAGAAGUCGCAAAGGCGGAAGAUCUGAUCCAAAAGGGCGUUACGGAUCAAGUUCUACUCUACAACAAAAUUAGUCCAGAUGCGUAUUUUGAGGCGCUGAAGCUGAACCCAAAUCUCAAAUUCAUUGCGGAUUCGGCAGUUGCGAGGAAGAACAACCCGGACCUGGAGAAGUUCUACACGUAUGCUACCAAGUACUACAAUAGUCUGACUGGCAAAUAG